CAAAAGGAGGGGUGGGCGGGGCUCUUCCAGUUUAAGGGGAGAGAAAGGGCCUCAGCAGACACAGUGAAGGGCGGUGGAGAGGACCGCGCCGUCCUGCUGUCACCGAGAGCUGAAGACGCCAUCUCCCACGCCAUCAUGGCCCCGUUGGCCCUGCGCCUCCUCGUCCUCGUCCCCAUCCUCCUCAGCCUGGCGGCCUCCCGGGACUGGAAGGCUGAACGCAGCCAGGACCCCUUCGAGAAAUGCAUGCAGGAUCCUGACUAUGAGCAGCUGCUCGAGGUGGUGACCUGGGGGCUCAAUCGGACCCUGAAGCCCCAGAGGGUGAUUGUGGUCGGCGCCGGUGUGGCUGGGCUGGUGGCUGCCAAGAUGCUCAGUGAUGCCGGACAUAAGGUCACCAUCCUGGAGGCAGAUAACAGGAUCGGGGGCCGCAUCUUCACCUACCGGGACCAGAACACGGGCUGGAUUGGGGAGCUGGGAGCCAUGCGCAUGCCCAGCUCUCACAGGAUCCUCCAUAAGCUCUGCCAGGGCCUGGGGCUCAACCUGACCAAGUUCACCCAGUACGACAAGAACACAUGGACGGAGGUGCACGAAGUGAAGCUGCGCAACUACGUGGUGGAGAAGGUACCCGAGAAGCUGGGCUACGCCCUACGCCCCCAGGAAAAGGGCCAGUCGCCCGAAGACAUCUACCAGAUGGCUCUCAACCAGGGGCCUCUCGUGCGCCAGCUCUGGGACGGCACCGGCGUCGUCAAGCGUUGGGCGGAGGACCCGCACAGCCAGGGUGGCUUCGUGGUACAGCCGCCGACGCUCUGGCAAACCGAAAAGGAUUACUGGAGGGUCCCUUAUGGCCGCAUCUACUUUGCCGGCGAGCACACAGCCUACCCGCACGGCUGGGUGGAGACGGCGGUAAAGUCGGCGCUGCGCGCCGCCAUCAAGAUCAACAGCCGGAAGGGGCCUGCAUCCGACACGGCCAGCCCCACGGGGCACGCGUCCGACACGGAGGGGCAGGGGCAUGUGCAUGGGGUGGCUGGCAGCCCCUCGCAAGACCUGGCAAAGGAAGAGGGCAGCCACCCUGCAGCCCAAGGCCAGUUAUCUCUCCAGCACAUGACCCACACGAGGACCUUGUAUUAAAGUAUUUUCGGAAAAA